GAUGGUCUUGUUAAUUUGUUGCUAGGUGGCAGUGCUGCUAUUGUAAGAACAGAAGAAAACAUCUUUUAUCCUCGGAGAGCGUCGGAAAGCUCUGAGAGCGAGAGAGCGAUGGGGGAGCGCAGAGAACGGAGAGGGGGGAAGCAAGCUGAAUGCAGCAUGAUCUCUGCUCACUAUUGAUAUUUUUGCAGACAAGCCGGGGCGAAUGAGGUCCUUUCUUGGGGACAUAAACGAACCCCCCCUUUUCGAAAACUGUAGAAAUUUCCUAGUCACUCUCCAGCAUCUACUGCGGAAUAUCUGAUGGAUGUAGAUCGAGACGGUGGAGCAGAGAGAGCUAGGAGGGCGAGGAUGAAGGUGGGGAGCAGAAUCGAUGGGAGCAGCGUGCAGUGGGGAGAAUUUCAGGGGACCUGGUGCCGGGGGAGUGAGGACGGAGACGGCCGAGACAAACAGCUUCUGCAUGGAUGGUGGACUGACGACCGUUGGGAGGCGUUCAGAGAUACAGACAGUAAAGACAUUGAUAUACAAGUUGCAGAGAUAUCCCAGGCCGCUGGACAGUGGUGGUGUGAAGACAGCAUGUUGCUCUGUAACGGACCCACACACCUAUCUAGAAACAAAGAUAGCUUGGGACGGGUCUUUGAGGAUUGUUUCCCCUCGUAUUCACCUCCAGUUAUAGAAGACGACAUAAAACCUUUGGAACCACCACAGCUAGCGUCAGGAGACCAGACCACGAGCCCCUCGCAUUCACAGUCAGCGACGUGCCUCUGGGGGGCAGUGUGUGACCGACGGACACAUCCCAAUCGUCAGUGUAAAUGGGAAGGAUCCAAACUUCACAAUUCCUACCUCUCAUCUCUUCACAUCGACCCUAACGAUAAGCUUCCUGCUCACAAGACUAAGUUCCCUGUCACAUCUCCAGCACUCAGAGAGAAACAGCCACCCCACAAACUGAGCAUGGGGAAGGAAGCCGAGCUAAAGCUAAUGAAGGUGGCCUCGGUAUCCGUCCACGUGAGUGGUUUCAGUCCAUCUCACCACCUGCAAUCUCUGUUCCAGCACUGGACCCAGCCCCAGAGCAAGCCUCGGCUGAAAGUUGCCUACGAGUUCAAGCACAGUCUUAUGGCUUAGAUCCAUUCUGUGUUGGGGUUUAAGCAUGGUCUACUGAUCUAGAUCCAUUCUGUGCUGGGGUUUAAAGCAAACCUGGUGGUCAAGAUCCAUUCUGAGCUGAGGUUUAAGCACAGCCUGGUGGUCUAGGUCCAUUCUGAGCUGACAUUUAAUCACAACCUACUGGUCUAGGUCCAUUCCGAGCUAAGGUUUAAUCACAGCCUGGUGGUCUAGGUCCAUUCUGAGCUGAGAUUUAAUCACAACCUACUGGUCUAGGUCCAUUCCGAGCUAAGGUUUAAUCACAGCCUGGUGGUCUAGAUCCAUUCUGAGCUGAGGUAUAAGCACAGCCUGGUGGUCAAGAUCCAUUCUGAGCUUAGGUUUAAUCACAGCCUGGUGGUCUAGGUCCAUUCUGAGCUUAGGUUUAAUCACAGCCUGGUGGUCUUCUUGAUCCAUUAUGAGCUGUGGUUUAAGUGCAGCUUGUUGGGGUUAAUUCUGCUGUUCACCUUCCAUUAUGAACUGGAGUUUGUCAGUCUGCUGGUAUAGAUCUGUUCUGUCCUGGGGUUUAAGUAUAUUUUCUGAUCUAGAUCAUAUCUGCACAGGGAAGAAUUGCAGCCUGCAAUUCUAAAUUCCUUCUGAGCUAGGAUUUAAGAUGUCCAUCGGUUUGACCCAUUCUUAAUUGGUGUUUAAGCUCAGUCUAGAUAUAUUCCCAGCUGAAAAUGUAAGUCUACUCAUCUAGUCUAGACCCAUUCAGAGCUGAGUAUAAAUACAGCCUGCAAUUUUAUAUCCAUCCUGAGUUUGGCUUUGAGCUC